AUGAAAAUAUUUAGGCAAUUUAGGAAAUUACCAUUGUCUUAUAGAACAGAUACCACUAGACUAUUCUCUAUUUCAUCAUUUAAAACUGUACCUCGAUACAACAAAGCCUUAAGACUCCUUUUUUUUAGUGUAUCAUCUGUAACAUUUGGAGGUGGUAUUACUUUAUAUAUUUUGUCAAAUUAUGGUUAUUACCUUAAGGACAUAAUACCAUGGAAUCCAAAUUGGGAUAUAGCUUGGAACACGUUGUCUACAGACCUUAAUAGUGAAAAAAGUAAAGAUUUUACCAAGGAACCAAAGAGGUGGCACAAGAUACUUUUAGUUAGGCAUGGACAUUACAAAAAAGAAAGUGAUGAUGAAGAUAAUAUGGUUUUAACUGAAAAGGGGAGAAAACAAGCUGAGUUAACAGGUAUCAGACUUGCAGAACAAUUUGGUGGAAGAGUUAAUGCAAUUUACCAUUCAAAUUUAAUAAGAGCAAAGGAGACGGCUAAGAUCAUUUCAAAUUACUUUCCAGGAGUUAAACUAAUUGAAGAUUCUAAUUUAGCUGAGGGUGUCCCUAUUGCACCUGAUCCCCCAAUAGUUGGAUAUGAACCCACCAGCAAGGAGAUUGCCGAGGAUAGUAUUCGGAUUAACAAGGCCUUCCAAACAUAUUUCGUAAGGCCAAGUAGGGAUACAGAUGACAAUAAAGUUGAUAUUAUUGUAUGUCAUGGCAAUGUAAUUCGUUACAUGUUUUGCAAAGGACUGCAAUUCCCGACAAAUGGAUGGCUGAGACUUGGCCAUUUAAAUUGUGGUAUAACAUCUAUGGCUAUAUCAAGUGAGAGCAAUGUAGUAUGUUAUGGUUUCGGUGAUGCAGGUCACUUAUCACCUGACUUACAAACUCAUAAUUAA